AUGAGCUCAAACGAAGCGACCGGGAGCAAACUGGAAGAGGUAGGUGACCCUGGGGCUAUAGGUGGUGCAGGGAGACAACCCCUGGAGUACAGAGAAGGGUCUGGUUUGCUCUGGCAGAAUGCUGGAUCAUCAAUCACUCCAGUCGUGUUUGAUAGUGUUAGAUAUCGUUCAUGGCGACGGGGAAUUCUCAGAGCACUUUCGGUGAAAAAUAAAACAGGAUUCAUCAAUGGCAAGAUUAAGAAACCAGCUCCUACUUCGCCAAUGUAUGAUCAAUGGGAGCGCUGUGACAAUAUGGUAACCUCCUGGAUUCUUAAUUCUCUGUCAAAGGAUCUAGCUGAUAGCCUACAAUAUGAACUUAGUAGUCUUACUCAAGGGAACCUUGAUGUUACAGGUUAUUACACCAACAUCAAUAGGUUAUGGGAGGAAUUAGCUACUUUGGAUACCACACAGUGCACUUGUUUAUGUACUUGUGGGGGUAAGAAUAAGCUGCACAAGGCAGAACAAGAUAGACGACAUAUUCAGUUCUUAAUGGGCCUAAAUGAAGUCUACACAAUUGUGCGAGGAAGCAUUUUGAUGAUGAAUCCUCUACCCACCAUGGCACAAACUUUCUCCAUCUUAGUUCAGGAAGUAAAACAAAGGAAAAUCAAACCACAUUCUCGAGUUCAUCUGGAUUCCACAUCACUGAGUGCAUCUACAAACAACAGCUCAGGUUCUAGGCAAUCUAAUGCAGGCAACAACAUUAACACUUUCAGAACAAGUUUUGUUCCAAGUAGAAGAGGGGGUAAAGGUGUGUACAAGCAAAAUAAUCCUACCAAUAAUUCAUCUUCUGAUUACUAUACAGGUUCAUUUAGUAAUUCAGGAAAUUCAUUCAGAACAUAUCCAUCAAAUUACAAUAAGUCAAAUUUGUUUUGUGACUAUUGUAAGAAAUCAUGCCACAUUGAGGAAAAAUGUUAUAGGUUACAUGGUUUUCCUCAAGAUUUCAAGUUUACUAAGGGGAGAAAUUCAGGAUCUGCAGCAAAUGUUCAUGGUAAUUCAGGAAGUACAGCUUCUGAGAAGUAUGAAGAACAAGGGAACAAUUUGACUCAUAGCUUUACAUAUGAUCAGUAUAAUCAAUUGCUUAGUUUGUUGGGAAACAUUCAUGUUCAUGGAGAAGCCACAAGUGAUGGACACAAGAAUUCUGCAGAUGGAUUUACACAUGAACAAGGAGCUGUGAACCUUGCAGGUAUCUUAGCUUGUCAUUCCUCUAUAACUGAUUUUGGUAAAAUGUCCUGUAAAUGUGUUGUAUCACCUGCUGCCUCAUGGAUUAUAGACUCAGGAGCCACAAACCACAUGACAUAUAAUAAAGUCUUACUUACUAAAAUCAGACCUUUGGCCUAUCCAUUCUUAGUUACACUACCAAAUGGAUAUAAAGUGAAAGUGACUGAAAUUGGUGAUGCCUAUCUAAAUUCAACAUUGACUCUAUAUCAAGGCCCUUCUCUGAAGAGCCCUCUGGAGAUUGGUAGUGCAAAGGAUGGCCUAUACUUCACUUGUUCAAGGUGUCCAAACUGCAGGAAUUCAUCUGGUUCUUCCUCACUUGCUUCAGUUCCAUCUUCUUCUGCUUCAUAUCCUGUAUCACAUAAGCCUUUCACUUGUAUCUCUUCUGUAAAAUCUCUUCAUGAAAAUAAUAAAGACAUUUGUUGGACUCCACAACAAUCUGUUAGUAAUUUGUGUCCUGUUAGUUUUCACAAAUCACGAAAGAAACCAAUAGGUUGCAGGUGGGUUUACAAGAUCAAGCACAGAGCUGAUGGUAUAGUGGAGAGGUUUAAAGCAAGAUUAGUUGUCAAAGGUUAUACACAACAAGCAGGUGUUGAUUAUAAUGAAACUUUCUCACCUGUGGUCAAGAUGACCACUGCCAGCAGACAGUGGUAUGAAAAAUUAGUCACAACACUUUGCUCAAGAGGAUAUUCACACUCUGACAGUGACUAUUCUCUCUUCCAUAGAAAAGUUGGAAUAUCUGUAGUUUUUGUAGCUGUAUAUGUUGAUGACAUUAUUUUGACAGGAACAGACUUGGCAGAAAUUGAGUAUUUAAAGGCACAUCUACAUGAUCAGUUCAAGAUAAAAGAUUUGGGGAAAUUGCAUUAUUUUCUAGGCCUAGAAAUUCUAUACAAGGACAAUGGUGUUUUAAUUUCUCAGAAGAAGUUUGCUACUGAUUUAAUCAAGGAGUUUGGUUGCUCAAACUGUAGCACAACAUCAUCACCACUUGAUCCCUCUGUGAAAUUGAGUUCAACUGAAGGAACACUACUUACUGAUCCAACUUAUUAUAGAAAGAAAUCUGUAAGUGGAUAUAUAGUAUUUCUAGGGGAUAGUCCUAUCGGUUGGAAAUCAAAGAAACAGACAACAAUAUCUUUGUCAUCAGCAGAAGCAGAAUACAGAGCAAUCAGGAAGGCAGCAAUCCAUAUAGCAAAGAACCCAGUAUUCCAUGAACGCACCAAACACAUUGAGGUUGAUUGCCAUUUUGUGAGAAACAAAUUGCAAGAAGGGCUCAUUACUCUUCAUCAUGUCUCCACUUCAGAACAAAUGACUGAUAUUCUAACCAAAGCUUUGAAUGGACCUAGUCAUUCUAAUAUCUUGCGCAAGUUAAACUGUUCUUCUUCUCCAGAAAUUCAGAGCUCCUCCCAUGGAGUUCUUAUGAAAUACUGA